AUUCUUUGCACAGGUCGGUGAUUGUCCAAUUUCUUAACCAUUUCCCUCCCUUUUUUUUGGCCUUUUUUUGCCUUGGAUGUUGCGUUUUCCUUUCUCUUAUUUUUCUCGUUAUUUCAAGGAAAGUACUGAACUUGACUGCAGUAUGAUCUAUUUAGCCCACUCAACCCUUCACCUUCAACAUAAACACAUAAGUGCAAUCAAAUCCUACUUGCCCUGUUCUAUUUCUUCUUUAACGGGUGGUUAGGGUUUGAAUUGGAACCAAUGUCGUCUUCUUCAUCAUCUCACAAGCAAAAUCAGGAGUUUAAUGCUUUCUCUGGCAAAAUAAGGAUGGUUUGUGAAUCUUCAAGAUUGUUUGAUGUAUUCAUUAACCACAGAGGCCCGGAUGUCAAACAAACUCUUGCUCUUCAGCUUUACAACUCCCUGGAGCAGUUGGGGAUACGGACGUUUCUUGAUUCCCAAGAGAAGCAACUUGGGGAUUCGUUUCCUUCAACUAUUGAGACAGCUAUCCGCUCUGCUUCAGUACACGUAGCCAUAUUUUCCAAAGGAUAUGCAGACUCACCUUGGUGUUUGGCUGAGCUGCUUCUCAUGCUAGAAAGUGAGGCCAAAAUUAUCCCUGUGUUCUAUCAAGUGAAACCUUCUGAUCUCCGCUACAUAGAAACGGGAGCAUACGCUGAAGCUUUCAUCAAAUAUAAAGUGAAGGGCAGAUACCUGAAGAUGCUUAACGAGUGGAAGGAAGCCCUUCAGUCUCUUUCACUUAUAGCUGGGGAAGAAUUUGACAGUGACUGGCACUGCGAAAAAAUAGUAGCAGCUGUGCAAAAAGAAGUACAAAGGAAAACACCUUUACAUGUUGCUCAAUAUCCAGUGGGGCUUAACAAUCUUGUGAAAGAAUUUGAAAGGCGUUGCCUUGAGGAACUUGUAGAAGAUUUUGAAAAUCAGUGCAGGCUGAAGAAAGCGAAGGAUAGGGCUAAGGUAGUUGGCAUUUUUGGCAUGGGUGGAUUGGGGAAGACAACUCUUGCCAAAGAGUUGUUUAAUAGAAAGAGUUCAAAUUAUCAACGAGCAAGUUUUUUGUUUGAUGUGCGAGAAGCAUCUGAGAGAAGAGAAUUACCUUCCUUGCAAUUUAAGCUUCUCAAAGAUCUCUUCGAUAAAGAUCUCAGAUUUAGAAGUAUAGAAGAAGGAACAAGCUAUCUCAAAGACAGUCUACAAAAGAGCCCUGCCUAUUUAAGCUUCCUAAUUGUGCUAGAUGACAUAGAUCAUGUGGAACAGUUAAAUGCUCUACUUAUUAUGGAUAUUUUAAACAAACUGGGUAAUAGUCUGGUCAUUGUCACAACUCGUGACAUUGGAGUGCUUAUAACCGCAGGGAUUACUGAAGGUUAUCGUUUAAAAGGAAUGGAUAAAAAUCAUGGGAGUGAACUCUUUUGUCGGCAUGCCUUUGACCAACCCAAUCCAUUGAGUGGUUACGAGGAGUUGGUUAAAUCCUUUGUAAAUGUGUGUGGAGGGAUACCUCUGUCACUUCAAGUUUUGGGCAGGCACGUUCGUGGUAGAAGUAAGGAUUAUUGGAGGUCAGAAUUGGUUGAAGUUAGAAAGACGCUGCCUCGGGAUGUAAAGCAAAGAUUGAGAAUAAGUUUUGACGCAUUGAAUGCUGCAGAAAAACAGGUUUUUAUGGAUAUUGCUUGUUUCUUUGGGGGCAGAGAGCAGAGUAUAGCCGAAAGAGUAUGGGAGGGAUCAGGAUGGAAUGCUCAACAUGCGCUGGAAACACUUAGAGAUAAGUGUCUUAUUGAAGAAACAAAUAUAGAUUUACGAAUGCAUGACCAUCUUAGGGACUUGGGAAGAGAAAUGGCCCUUGAGCUCAGCCCUCCUCAUCGCCUGUGGCAUCCUGAUGAUCUGAAACGUUUGGAAUUGAGGAGCUUCAAAAAUAUCCUCACCGAAAUCAAUGUCAGGUGUUUCCAUUCCAUUUUUGAUGAAGCCAUGAAUUCUCGAGUGACAUUCUUCCUAGGCCAGUCAGACAACCGUGCUGGUACAUCAGCUCGCUUACUAUGGCUCGAGCUUGAGGGCAAUUCCACAAAACAAUCAAUGAAGAGCAUUCCUUCAUGGAUUCCUCUUCAAAGUUUGCAGUGUUUGAAAAUCAAAGGCGGGCGAUUUACAACAUUGUGGAAGAAUCGUAUACAGGCGCCUUCCCAGUUGAAGAGUCUUGAUAUUACAAAUUGUAAACAUUUGAAAAGUUUAUCAAGAAUAUCUAAUAUUGCAAAGCUUGUGGAGUUGAAUAUUCAUCAAUGCGCAGAGGUUGAGGAGCUAAAUCUAGGUCAUCUCAACUGUCUAGAAACGAUCACAAUUCUGGAUUGUAAACAUUUGAAAAAUGUAUCAGGAAUAUCUAAUCUUGCAAAACUUGUGCUACUGAAUAUUAGUCAAUGUUCAGAGCUUGUGGAGCUAACUCUUGGUCAUCUCAUUUGUCUGGAAAGGAUCACAAUUGUAGAUUGUAAACAUUUGAAAAAUGUGUCAGGGACAUCUAAUCUUCCAAAGCUUGUGGAGUUGAAUAUUCAUCAAUGUGAAGAUCUUCAGGAGCUAAUUUUAGGUCAUCUCAGCUGUUUAGAAACAAUCACAGUUGUAGAUUGUAAACAUUUGAAAAAUGUAUCAGGAAUAUCUAAUCUUGCAAAGCUUGUGCUAUUGAAUAUUAGUCAAUGCUCAGAGCUUGAGGAGCUAACUCUAAGUCAUCUCAGUUGUCUGGAAACAAUCACAAUCGCUAAUCUUCAAAAGCUUUCAGAGAUGAAUAUUUGUCAAUGUGCAGAGCUCGAGGAGCUAACUCUAGAUCAACUCAGCUGUCUAGAAAAGAUCACAAUUGUAGAUUGUGAACAUUUAAAAAAUGUGUUAGGGACAUCUAGUCUUCCAAAGCUUGCGGAGUUGAAUAUUCAUCAAUGUGCAGAACUUGAGGAGCUCACUCUAGGUCAUCUCAGCUGUCUCGAAAUAAUCAGAAUUGAAGAUUGUAAGCAUUUGAGAAAUGUAUUAGGAAUAUCUAAUCUUGCAAAGCUUGUGCUAUUGAAUAUUAGUCAAUGCUCAGAGCUUGAGGAGCUAACUGUAAGUCAUCUCAGCUGUCUGGAAACCAUCACAAUCGCUAAUCUUCAAAAGCUUGCAGAGUUGAAUAUUCAUCGAUGCACAAAGCUUGAGGAGCUAAGUCUAGAUCGUCUCAGCUGUCUGGAAAGGAUCACAAUAGGAAAUUGUCAAGAAUUAAAAAAUGUAUCAGGGACACCUGAUCUUACAAAGCUCGUGGAAUUGAAUCUUCAUCAAUGUGCAAAGCUUAAGGAGUUAAGUCUAGGGGACUUCACUCUAGGUCAUCUCAGAUCUCUGAAAAGGAUGACAAUUGCGAAUUGUAAAAGUUUGAAAUAUUUGCCAGGGGCACCUAAUAUUCGAAUUCGCGGAAUUAAAUAUUUUAAAAUUUAAAUAUUUGAAAAAUGUGCCAGUGACACCUAAUCUUCCAGCUUGCGGAAUUAAAUAUUUGUCAGUGCGCAGAGCUUCAGGAGAUAAGUUUAAGUCAUCUCAGCUGUCUGGGAAGGAUCAUAAUUGAAGACUGUAAACAUUUGAAGAGCCUGUCAAGGCCAUCGAAUUUUCCAAAGCUUCUUGAGUUGAAUAAUAGUCAAUGGCCUAAUUGUAAAUAUUUGAUAAUUAUGAAUUGACAUUGAGUACUGGUGAAAGCCCAGAGCUUGAGGAGCUAAUGCUUGCACAUUUGAGUUAUCUGGAGAUAAUUACUAUUGAAAACUGAUAAUUUGAAAAGCCCGAGUCUCAUUGGUAUGAAGUGUCUAGAGAGCAUAACAUUUGAUAGAAACUUAAAGGUGAAAUAUUUUAAAUUUCUUGGCUGUCGAACUUUGAAAAUAGUAAAAUUUUGUUGUGAAGAGCUUGUGGAACUUUGAAAACAAUGAAUUUUUUUUUGUGAAGAGCUUGUAUAAUUAAUCAUUCUGAGUUGUCCUGAGCUUAAGGAGUUGUCGAAGUUGCCUGGAGGGGAUUACAAUUAAUGGAUGUGGGAAGCACAAACAUCUUCAAGUGUAUAGUUUUCCAAAUUUGAGGAGUGUGUCAGGUAAGUGUGAGUUUACAAGCUUGUACAUUAGUGAGUGUCCUGAGCUUGAGUUGUCAUGUCUUUCCAGGCUGAGUUGCACAUUACGCUGCCAACAACACUCAUCAAUUUGUUUAUACGAAGUUCCGGAGGUUUGCAAAGAUAGCAGGAACCGAUGAUCUUACAAAGCUUAGAGAGUAGUCCAAAUUUAAAAGUGUGUCGGGUAACUUCGGGGUUACAAGGUUGUACAUUAGUGAGUGUCCUGAGCUUGAGGAGCUACCGAGUCUUUCCAGAGUAAGCCACUUGGAACAAAUUGUGAUAGGCUCUUGUGACAUGGUGAGAACAUAGCAGUUAUUUAAGAGUUGUAUGCAUUGUAUGCAACUUUUUCGUUGCAGCAUUCCAGUAAUUCAGAAUUGCAUUCCAUGAUUGAAGGCAUUGAUUUUGAGACUGCUAGGGAUUUUUUUAAUUUUUUUUAAAUGAAAGAAUUCACCAUGAAGAACUGAGAGCAUUUUGUCUUUUAUUUCAGACUGUGCAGUCAGAAUAAACACUUGUGAUCCAGUGGAUGGGGUGGGAUCACCUUUGCAUGAGUAUCUGUUUUAUGACGUUGAUAUUGGCGUUGAUGCAGUCACUUACAUUGUCACUGAAAUUGGUGUUGAAAACAGUGACAAGUUGGGAACACGGCGAAUAUUAAGUUCAGUUAUUGUAUGCUCUAUAGUUGGGUUUAAUAGCUCUACUUCGGUAGAGGAUACAAAUAAAUCACUUCUACGCAACCCAUCUCACUAUACUAGCUGAUUUGUUCCCACGCUGCAGAAAUUAGGUGUUGCAGGGUAAGAAGUCCUGGGUUUCCUGACAAGCUAAUCGCUCUGUUUCACUAUAUGCAGAAAAAACAGGUCUCCAACCCUAUUGGGUAUCAUUUGCAAGCAUAGUCCCAGCCUGUGCAAAAAUGGGAGCUCUGGAAAAGAGAAUUCGUAAAAACACGAAGGAUAUAGAAAUUUUCUCAGAUGUUGUCGUUGGAAAUGCUCUGGUUGACAUAUACGCAAAUGUAGAAGCAAAGACAAGGCACGUGAACUGUUUGACCAAAGGCCUCAAAAAUGUAGUCUGAUCGAAUGCUAUGAUUGCAGGGUAUGCACAAAAUGGGUUUGUCGAAAAGGCUUUAGAAACUUUCAAGUAAAAUGAAAUUGGCAGGUGUAAACCCGGUUCCUCAUCCUUUGUCAGCAUCCUCCCUGUCUGUGACGAAAUAUGGGCUUUAGAACAGGCCAUGCACACCCAUCACUAGACAAAGGAUAGAUGAGUUUUGUCAGAUGUAGUUGAAACUGCUCCGGUAGACAUGCAUGCAAAAUUUGGAAGCAUAGACAAGGCAUGUCAACUGUUUGACAUAAUGCCUUAAAGAUAUGUGUUUGUAUGGAAUGCCCUGAUUGCAGGAUAUUUAAAAAAUGGUUUUGUUGAAAAGGCUUUAGAAACUUUCAAGCAAAUGCAAUUGGUGAAUGUGAAGCCGACUCUACAACCUUCGCUAGCAUCCUCACAGCCUGUGCUGAAUGGGAGCUUUGAGACAGGGCAUGUACAUCCAUCAAAGCAUAAAGGAUAGAUGAAUUUUGUCAGAUGUAGUUGCAACCGCUUAAAACGUGGAAACAUAGAGAAGGUACGCGAACUGUUUGACAAUGUGCCUCAAAGGAGCAUGGUCUCACGGAGAGGAACAAAAUGGAUUUGUUGAUAAAAGAUUUAGAUAGUUUCAAGCAAAUGAAAUUGGUAGUUGUAAAGUCCAGCAUUCUCCUCAUCUGUUCUAAAAUAGGAGCUUUAGGUAUGGUCAUCCAUAAUAGCAUAUUUUUUUUUGUCAAAUAUUAUAGUUCGAAGUGGAAGAGGAUUUUUAUCAAAUAUUAUAAUUGAAAAUGUUUUAAUAGACAUGUAUGGAAAAUGUGGAAGAUGUGGAAGGAGAGACAAGGCAUAUGAAUCGUUUAACAAGAUGCCUCAAAGAAAUGUGGUCUUAUGGAAUAAGAUGUUUGGAGAAUACAUAUCAAAUGCUUUUGCAAGGACACUCUUCAAAUGUUCAAAUUAAUGAAUCACUCGACAAUUAACAUUAUAAGCUUUUCAUGCGAUCUAUGUGCAUGUAGACAUUUAGCUUUAGUGGGCGAUGGUUGUAAAUACUUUAAUCACAUGAGUAAUUUUUAUUACAUUACACUUAUAAUUGA